UUCUUGUUUAGCAAUGAUGUUUUGUCAGUGCAUUAGCAAUGUUACGAUUGAUUCGAUCGCGUUAGUGUUUUGAUGAUAAACGCUUUAUACUGUCCUCAGUGUUUAUAUACUAUAAUGUAAGGAAUUUUUGGCAUGGACAAAAAUGAAUUGACCUUACCUUUUUUUAUUCCCAUUCGAUAAGCUAUUGCCAAAACAUGGAAUUCAUAGAAGGACAGCUUCAGAUAAUCCUCAAUGUUGAGGUACCAAUAAGUUUGAAAAUGAAUUUUAAAAGUACUUAGUUUUGAAAAAUUCCUUAAAAAGAGUUGUAUAUGAUGUCUGCUAAGGGCUUAUGAUUAUAAUCUUAUUUCCUUGAAGAGGUAGAUAGUAACUAAUCUCUUCAACAUGGAGCAGAAGUCUGAUGAGAAUAGUAGUUUCAAAACUGGGAGCAAGCAACAUGUGUUGAAAGAGAUUCUAUGUGAUAAGGAUACCCAAAAGUCAAACUCCACAGCUGAUUCUAGUAAUAAAAAUUCUGAAGAAUCUAAGAAGAAAUCCUCAGAUGCAAAUGAAAGAUCUUCUGAAGAAGAUAAUAUUGAAAGACCUUCAUCUACGAAUUCCCCAGAGCCUAACUGUCCUAUAUGCUUAGAGCCCUUACAAAAUAAAUCAUUUACUGAUAGUUGUUGCCAUCAGUUUUGUUUUACUUGUUUGCUGGAAUGGUCAAAAGUGAAAGCAGAAUGCCCUUUAUGCAAGCAACAAUUCAAAAGCAUUGUGCAUAAUUUACAAAAGGACAAUUCAUUUGAAGAAUAUGUUAUUGGUACAAAAACAGGCAGAUAUUUAUCUUAUUUUAGAGCAGAACAAGAGAGGUUUCGAUAUCCUACAACAAUGACUCCUUCUAGAAUAGCGGAAAGAAAUCGUUAUCAGGAAUCGUAUCAAAGCCAAAUUGCUUCUCAUAGGAUGAGAUUUGCACCACAUUCAGUGAAUCUGUAUUCAGGUACUCAAAUUAUGUCUCGCAGGCCAUGCCCUUUUAGACGAAGAGUCUAUGAACAAAACUUAUGGGUGAAGACUCCAAGAAACGAUCGUACUCGAGUAGCAACCCCUGAAUUUUACAAAAGUAAUCCAGCUUGCACUCAUAGACUUAUACCUUGGUUGAACAGGGAAUUGGUGUCCUUAUGGCAAGAAAAUGAUGCCACUGUUUCUUUUAUUCUAGAAUUAAUAAUGUCAUUGCUUGUAAGAUACCAUAUAAACAGUCAGGAGUUCCUAAUUCACAUUGAGCCUUAUAUGGGUCGACAUACUCAUCAUUUUAUUCAUGAAUUUCAUGCAUUUGCUAUUUCACCUUAUGAUAUGGAAAAUUAUGAUGCACAUGCCGAUUAUGGUUUAGUACGACAUUCCACUGAUGAUGCUGAUCGUUCAUCUCCAGAUAGUGAUGUUAUUCCUAUUUUUACUGAAGAAAAUACAUCUGUUCCAAGGCAAAGCCGGGAAAGGAAACAAAAUAUGCGACACCAGACCCUUAAACACCUGAAGUUGAUCCUCAAGAAGAAUGGUGGAAAUAGUUGGGAGUCAUAUUUAUCUCCACCUUCUACUUCAUUUAUGUCUUCUUCAAGUUGGUCCAAUCCUGGACCUAGUACUUCAGGAUUUAGACCAAAUAAUUGUCGUUCAGUGGAUGGAAAUACCUCCAAUUUGGCAUCAGUUUCUGAUGUAGAACAAACAGAUGAUGAUGAAAUCCAAAUUCUUAGUGUUAGAAAACGACCACCACGAAAUCCGGUAAUUGUAGAUUUAUCCAGUGAUGAGGAAGCUGAUUUGGCAGUGGUAAUAGAUGUUUCAUCAGACGAAGAAAAUUUCAGCCCUUUGUAUUCUCCAUCUAAAACACCUCCUGAAGAAGGAAGUGAUAUAGAAUGUCUUUUAGAAUACCAGCCUUCCACCAGCAUAAACAUUCCAGGUACCAUUGAAAUUUCUACAGAGAAGGAUAAAAAAAUGGAGGAAGAGCAAGAACAAGAAGAUGAGCAUCAUAAUUCAUCAGUUACUGAAGAAUUUGAGAGUGAUAUUUCAACUGAAGAGGAUAAACCUCCUAAAUUAGCAUCUGCUAUUGUCAGACCUUGGGCAAUGAAAAGUAAAUCAUCUCAUAAAGUGUAUGGCUCUUCACAGAAAAGAUAUUGGACAUCUUCUGGCUCAGAUUCUGGUGAUCCAAGACUGAAAAGUGUUGUUACAGGUUAUGUACCUGAACAUGAAAAUGAUCAUCAUCAUUCUGGACGUGAUCAUCAUCACCACCAUCAUCAUCAUCAUCAUCGCAGACAUGAAUCAAGCCAUCGUUCAUCACAUAAAAAGCACAAAGAAAAGAAGAAGAAGAAGAAACAUAAACGCCAAAAAAUGCGAAUUUAUUCAGACACUGAAUAAUGAUUAAAAUCAUUGUUUAUCUGAAGGUCUCUAUACAGUUUUGUAAAUAUUCAUAUCAUACUUUUUAUACAAAUAUUAUUUGUAUAAAUGUAAAAGUACAAUUAUUAUUGCACCUAUAUUUUUUUAUCAUUAUUUAUUAAUAAGUUUUUCUUAAUCCAUUAAGUUUGCUUAAUAAUAUCAAAUUCAGUUAGUUUACUCUAUUAAUAAUAUUUCUAAGAGAAAAAGAAAUUCUAGUUAUGUAAAAUUAUUCAGAGAUGUUUUCUAUUUAAAACUUCAGUGCACAGAAAUAAAUUUAUGUUCCUUUAAUUUAUCAUAGGUUGUAUGUUCUACUGCAUUAAAAGAUUUUGUAUUCAAAACCUGAGUGCACAAAAAGGAAUUUCUAAUUAUUUCUCUUAUUUAUCAUCUGUUGUAUAUUUUAUUGUGCUGUGUAUUUUGUAAAA